AAGAAAAGAAAGAACAGGGGCAUGGAAUUUUACUAGCUACCAUAACUGAAAGCAUGAAAGGCAACUACCAUCUACCACUCCACCACCACCCCAUGAAAAUGGCCAAACAAAACUUGUAACACCAUGCAUUAAUGUGGUUGGUAACUCUUCUCUUUCUUCUCUUCACCAGCUCAAAUGAGACACUUUCGUCCUUGCAACAAGUAAUAACAUUUCUUUCUUUCUUUCUUUCUUUCUGAGCUGAAAUGGACACUCAGAAAGCAGACAUUGCACCUUUUCAGAUACUUUCUAACUACCCUUUUCAAUUGUUAACCAAGCAAUCUCUAACAACAACAACAAAAGCAACAAAUUAGUGAGAUAUUGUGCAUGUUUAAUUAUAUAUUAUGAUUCCUAAUCUUCUAUUACCUUUGUUACUUUGCCUACGAGCCUUUUUGUUUUUGUUUUGUUUUUGCAUAAUGGGAAGUGACAAACGACAUUAUGAUAUUACCAUGUCGAGGAGGACUAGAAGGCCAUUCCAGGUGAGAGAUGAGAAGGGAAUCUCUCCAAAGAGCGAAGGAGAAGAGAGUGAUCGAAAGAGCUUGAAGCAACUCAUCGAUGGGGACGAAAAAGCGCAGGCGUUUUCGAGCGAUGAACCCAGCAGAGUCAAGAGUUCUCUUGGAGAACACUUGGUCGUGGAAGGAGAAGGAGAAGGAGAAGGACAGAAGCUGCAACUGCAGAUAGUUGGAGUGCAGCACCAGAAAGAGGGUAUGAAGCUGAAGAAAAUGAGCUCACUUGUAAGUGCUUUACGAAAAAAGAAGCAUUUUCAAGAACCCUUUUUUACCACUUGGGAGAACUUUACCAUCAGCAAUUUGGUUGUGAAAUCUGAUUUUCGAACAAAGGUAGAUAGAUCACUUUAUGGAAAGUUUUCGCUCAAAGCUGAGCCCCUAAAACAGCUAUCUCUGUCUCUCUCUUCAUUGACAUGUUGGUCAGUUCACCUUUUGAUCCUCAAACAUUGACUCACCCUUCAGUUUUUAAGGACUAUACUCGACUUGGGCAGGCUUAUGUUGGGGCCCAGCUUUGUGGGAAAGUGGAAAAAUUUGGGGAUUAGAAGUGAUCUGUUUUGAAUGUAUAUGCCAAUUGUGGGUUUAGGAGUGAAGCAAGAAAAGUGUUUGAUGAAAGUUCUGAGUUAGAUGUUGUAUUUUGGAAUUCUAUAAUCAUGGGUUUUUUCUAAAUGUGAAGAAAUUUAUGAAGUUAUUAGGGUAUUUGAUAGGAUGCCAUCCAAAAAUCUCAUUUAUUUUGGAUUACUUUAUUAGUGGGCAUGUUAGCAAUGGGAGGUUCUUUUAGCCUAGUGACUAGUGAGUUUUCUAUGGAAAACUUGUUAAAUACUUCCCGUUUCUUAAAAGCAAUCAGGCAAGGGAAGUGGAUUCAUCAUUACUUUAUCAGGCAAAUGAAUUUGAAUUGAAUGUAUUAGUUCUUUUUAGCUUU